AUGCUUGCGGGCUUACAUUGCGCAGCUGGUUACAUUGACGAUAUCUUUGUCUCAGGUAGAAACCAACAAGAGCAUGACAACAACUUACAUGAAGUUCUACAACGUAUCUAUCAAUACGGGUUUAAACUCAAGAUCGCAAAAUGCAAUUUUUUAGUUCCUGAAAUUGCUUACUUGGGAUAUAUUGUCAGUAAAGACGGCAUUCGUACAGAUCCAAAAAAUAUUGAAGCAAUCAAGACAAUGCCUGCGCCAACCAAUCAAUCCGAACUUAGAUCACUCUUAGGUGCUAUCAAUUUUUAUGGAAAAUUCAUAAAUCACAUGCGCAAAUACCGAGGACCAUUAGACGAACUACUUCAAAACAACAAGCAGUGGCAAUGGACGGAACUUCAUCAACGCUGUUUGGAUGGUUUCAAGCUAAUUUUGUCAUCAGAGUUAUUAUUAGCGCAUUACGAUCCACUGAAAAACAUAGUAGUCGCUGCAGAUGCAUAUAGCUAUGGGCUUGGAGCUUGCAUUUUUCAUGAAUCUGACGACGGUUCAAUGAAAGUAAUAUGUCAUGCGUCCAGAUCACUAACGCCCACAGAAAAACAAUAUAGCCAAAUAGAAAAAGAAGCUCUUGCGCUUAUUUUCGCUGUUACGAAAUUUCACAGAAUGGUUUUUGGGAGAAGAUUCAAACUUCAAACAGAUCAUAAGCCUCUUCUAGCUAUAUUUGGUGAUAAAACGGGAAUUAAGGUGCAUCAAGCAAACAGACUUCAACGUUGGGCAAUUAAACUGAUUGCAUACGACUUCGGAUUAAAGUUUAUUUCAACUAACAGUUUUGGGUAUGCAGACGUUUUAUCACGACUCAUACAUAACACAAUCAAUCCUUCAGAAGACUAUGUCAUCGCUGCAGUAGAGUCUGAAAUUGAAAGCAAACAAAUUUUACAUAACUCACUUGAUAAGCUACCGCUUACCAGCAAAAUGAUUACUUACGAAACAGCUAAGGACAAGGUUUUAGCUAAAAUUUUCGAAUAUGUAACUGAAGGAUGGCCAUCAAACUGCAACAACAGUGAGUUAAAAGCUUACUUUAACCGAAACGACAUAUGUAUAGUUGACGGAUGUUUAAUGUUCGGACAACGCAUUAUUAUACCUCAAAUUUUCCGAAAGCGUAUUCGUAAAGAAAUUCACCGUGGUCAUCAAGGCAUAGGUCGUACUAAAGCCAUCGCGCGGAACUACGUUUAUUGGUCAAAUAUCGAUUACGAUAUUGAAGCAAUGGUGAAAAGUUGUUCAAAUUAUGCCGCAGCAGCUAAAAUCCCCAUAAAAACAACUUUACAUCCUUGGCCAAAACCUUCUGAUUCUUGGGAACGGCUCCAUAUUGAUUAUUCAGGACCAAUAGAUUCAUACUACUAUUUGGUCGUAAUCGAAGCGUUCUCAAAAUGGCCAGAAAUUAUACAAACAAAAUCUAUAACAGCAACUCAAACAAUUUCCAGCUUGAAAGAAAUUUUCGCUAGAUUUUGGUUACCGAAGACAAUAGUUUCAGACAAUGGUACGAAUAUACGAAGCAGUCCGUAUUAUCCCAUAUCAAAUGAACAAGCCGAAAGGUUUGUGGAUACUUUAAAGCAAGCGCUCAAAAAGUUAAAUGGGAAGGGGGUAACUGCUGUAAAUCUUCAAAUAUUUCCACAAGUUUACCGAUCAACUCCGAAUAAGCAAAAGAGAACAGUAAAUCGGCAGCUGAAGUUUUACUAA